AUAGCUACAAAGAUGGCUCUUAUGUUUAUUUUUCUCUUCGGUUUAAUUGUUUUCGGCGAUGCUGCGUUCGUCGAUACCCUUGGGAAGUGUUCUCUUAAAGAUGAAGAAUGCACGAAGAGUCUGAUCAAUAAUGCCCUAAAUGAAAUAUCGUCUACGGGUAUACCUGAAUUAGAUAUUCCACCCGUGGACCCCAUUGCUUUGAAAAAUGUUUCCGUGACUGUUCUUGGACUGGUGGACAUAACAUUGCUUGAAGGUCAAGCAAAAGGUGUAAAAACUUGUAAAUUUAGUUCAAUAAAAAUUGAUUUGGAGAAAGAAAUUGGUGGAUAUGAAUUCACUUGCGAUAUAGAUAUUGAAGGGAAGUAUAAAGUGUUUUCCGAAAGCCCUCUUAUAAAGAACUUGUUGGGAGGCACGACCGUCCAUGGCGAAGGAAAUGGAAAAGUUCAAUUAGAAAAACUACAAAUCAGUAUGAAAUUUCCCGUGUAUGCGCAAAAACGUGAUGAUGGAGAAAUCUAUAUGAAGUGCGACUAUAGUAAAAUUAAGUACGAUUAUCAAAUUUUGGGAAAGACAAAGUUUUAUGCUGACAAUCUCUUCCUGGGUGAACAAGAAGCUAGUAAACUCGUAACGACAUUCUUAAACGAAAAUUGGAAGUUCGUCAUGGAUACUUUUGGAAGAAGUUUCUUUGAUAAAGCCAUGGAUAUUUUCUACAGCUACACCUCGAAAUUUUUCGGCACGGUACCCGCUAAGCAUUAUCUUACGGAUGACUUUACAUCGAUUGCCAAACCUUAACAAACAGUUUGAAAACUUUCAGAUCAAAAUUAAAUAGCUUAUUACGUUUAAGAAAUAAAAUAUUGUUAUCCUUGA